AUGGCCGAUUACCGAAGCACGCAGCCCAAUCGGGGUACAAGCUACUCUGAUUUAAUUGAGGCGACAACAAAUGUCACCCUUUUUGUGGAGAUACCCGGGGAAGUACGCACCACACCGGACAGCUACGUGCCCUUGGAUGCGGACGACGAGACCGUGAAGCUCCUUCGGGAAACGUUCAGGUACCUUCCAUCCGAUGGUAGAGUUAACCUUGCCGGGGAUAUCAUUCAGGCUGGGGCGGGCAAUAAGUUGCACCAACUUGCCCAGAGUAUCGUUUCAUGCCUCCUCAAACCGAUGAUGGUUGCCGGCACCAAGAAGGUGGAGAUACCGCGAUUGGGCAGUGAAGAAUCGACAGAGCAUCCUGCCAAUAUGAGGGACGAGCACGAGUCGAUGACGCUGGCCCAACGACAGCUACAAGAAGAUGCGCUUCGCAGAGAUGGCAAUAAAUGUGGUUUAUUGGGUCAUUACGAUGUUCUCUCAGAGGAGUUAUAUCCCGACGAGAUUACUGCUGACCUAGAAACUGCGUAUAUUGUGCCUUUUGCUCUAUCCAAGUUCAAAAAUGAAUAUGAGAAACAGCAGAUAAUAGCUGUUUGGACAAACAUAUUUCGUUAUUUCCCGAGCGACAUUAACUCCAUGGUAAAUAUGAUCACGCUCUCCCUACCUCUGCACACCCAAUUUCGACGAUUCAGUCUUGCACUCGAACAGGUAACAGGCACCAUGAACCAAUAUCGUAUCAAGACCUUCCGUGGUUUUGCAACAGCCCCUCGAGCUGAGCUGCCAGCGAGUGGAACUAUCAGCAUGACGGCCCACGAUGGACGCUUCCCGUUGGCUUCACCUAUUUUUCUUCUUCACUGUGCCGUUGCGAACAUACUUCAUGCCGCCGGCCAAGGUACGAAGAUCGUCCGAGUGCUACGGGACUAUGAUGCGACUGGUGGCCUCGCUAGCAAGGGUAGUACCAAUAUCCCGCAGCUCUUAUCUGUGACUAAACUUGCAUUGGUGCCCCAUGUUCGUCGUUUCGAUGGAAUGGGUUCGACAGACGACUGA